GGCCAGGAGUGGAGCCUGCGCCCUGCUUCUCCAGGGGGACACCCAGGGCCUGGCCCUUUCUCCUCUACUCGCAAAGAUGGCGCUCGCCAUCCUGGCUCUGCGGCUGGUGGUCUACAUCCUGGCGCUUCCCAUGUUUCUGCUGAACUUUCUGGGCGUGUGGAGCUGGGUGUGCAAAAAGUGGUUUCCCUACUUACUGAAACGCUUAACGGUGAUGUACAACACGGAGAUGGCGAGCCGAAAGCAGGAGCUCUUCAGCAACCUGCAGGAGUUCGCGGGCCCCUCGGGGAAGCUGUCGCUGCUGGAGGUGGGCUGUGGCACCGGGGCCAACUUCAAGUUCUAUCCCCCCGGAUGCAGGGUCAUUUGUAUCGACCCCAACCCCAACUUCGAGAAGUUUCUGUUCAAUAGCGUCGCAGAGAACAGGCAUCUGCAGUUCGAGCGCUUCGUGGUGGCGGCCGGGGAGAACAUGCACCAGGUGGCCGAUGGCUCUGUGGACGUGGUGAUCUGCACCCUGGUGCUGUGCUCGGUGAACAACCAAGAAAAGAUUCUGCGCGAGGUGCGCCGAGUGCUGAGGCCGGGAGGGGCCUUUUACUUCAUGGAGCACGUGUCGGAUGAACCAUCCACCUGGAAUUACUUCUGGCAACAGGUCCUGGAUCCUGUCUGGUUCCUUCUUUUUGAUGGAUGCAAUCUAACAAGAGAGAGCUGGAAGGCCGUAGAGCAGGCCGGCUUCUCAAAGCUGAAGCUACAGCACAUCCAGGCACCACUAUCCUGGACUUUGGUGCGGCCCCACAUCUACGGCUAUGCUGUGAAAUAGUGUGAGGUGGUGGGAGAGAUCUGCUCUGCUCCACCAACGGUUCGAGGCUUCCGCUUAGAUGUAAAAUUCUAACUGGGAGAGGUAAAAAUCAAGUUGAUCCCUACAGGUUUCUGCUUAGCCAUUUUCUAUAUUGUCUCCCACCGAAUAAAACCAAAUCAGAGCAGCUUUGAACUCUCCCUCCAAAGGGACCAAAGGUCUCUCAUAGGCCUUUGAUCAGGAAGCAGUGGAGGAAACUUUACAGUUUGCCAACAGAAUAAAUAAAUCCCAGUGGAGAGAAAGUUCACAGCUGACUAACAUAGGAACUCCACCCCUCCCCACCCCCAUCCCUUUAAAAAUGAAUCGGAACCCACUUGCUAUGCUGGUGUCACUAGUCUGCUUUUGCUACCACCGCCUGUGCUUCCUUUGGCUCAGGGUUCUGCCAAUCCUGCUGCACUGUCCUGCACUCCACAGCUUUUAUAAGUGCACCUGACACAUCAGCGUCAUCACAGAACUGCACAGAGCAGCUGGGAAUCCUCUGUUUAAUUUCCCUUUCUUAUCUACCACACGCUUUGCUAAAUAUAAUUACCAUAGGCACUGAAAGGUCACUACAGUUAGGGAAAUGGGUACAGAAUGUGGGGGACCCUAAAAUUAAUUCAUUAGAGUAGUUAGCAAGGACUGGGAGGGACUAUUCUGAUCAAAUUUCAUUGGUCCCGAGUGGGUGUGAUGGCACAGCCUUAAUCCCAGCACUCAGGAGGUGGAGGCAGAGGCAGGUGGAUCUCUCUGAGUCCAGCCUGAUCUACAGAUGGCAUUCCAGGACAGCCAGGGCUACACAAAGAAGCCCUGAAUUAAAGAAAAACCAUCCCUCUGGCCCUGAGAUUAAACCAUGGACAUCAUUGAGUUCAUAUAGAGAGCCCUGGGUGGGCCCAAGGGUUUCAGCUGCAUUAAUAUGUAUCAAAACAAAUGUGUAUUUUCUGAGAUGAUUUUACAGAAGUUCUAUUUUAAAUAUUAAUCAACAAAUUUUAUAUCCAUUUAAUAGUGAAAAUAAAUGGUUUCUAUAACUGCC